UAGUUGUUUUUGGUGUCAUGGCGACAGUGCCAAACGUGUGCUGGUGUGUGGUUCUUAUUCUCUUCGUCCCCCAAUACUGUGCCAGUGCCUGCUGCCGAGGCAGACCUACAGCACAGUGCCGCUAGUUACAGAAAGAAGAAUAAAAACAAACAUAAAAAGUGAGUGAAAAACACAUACGGAAGAGACACAGUACUACAUUAAAAAUCAUCCGUAGAGAAUAAUAACUUGCAAAUCGGAGACGAAAACCUCUCAAGAUGCCUGACGAAGUAGACGUGGAAUCUCCCAGUGAGAAGAGGGAGCUAGGGGAACACGACGAGAGACACUGCCGAUGCUACAAGCCCAAGGGGUCUCUCCCGCCCCUCACGCCCGUCGACGACAUUGAAAAGCCGAGUCUACAGAAGUCAACGUAUUACAGUCGCGUUACCAAUAAGUACAGCACCCAAAGAAUAGUCAAGGAGGGACAGAAGCCUAUCAAGAAGGGCUUCAGGACGCUGCGAGAUGAGUGCUUGAAGGCCGACAAGCUGUACGAAGAUCCAGAAUUCCCGCCCAAUGAUUAUUCGAUCAGUUUUCAAGGCAUCACGAGAAGACAUUAUGAGUGGAAGAGACCGCAUGAGUUUACCAAAGAUCCCCAUAUGUUCGUUGAAGGAGCUACCCGUUUCGACAUACAGCAGGGAGAAUUGGGCGACUGCUGGCUCCUGGCUGCCGUGUCUAACCUGACGCAGAACCCUCGUCUCUUUCACGUCGUUGUGCCAAGAGAUCAGGGAUUCACACACAUGUACGCCGGCAUCUUCCACUUCAAGUUCUGGCAGUACGGCCGCUGGGAGGAGGUGGUCAUAGACGACAUGCUGCCCACCUACCACAACCAGCUGGUCUUUAUGCACUCGAAGACGGACAACGAAUUCUGGUGCGCGCUGCUGGAGAAGGCCUAUGCAAAACUGUACGGUGGUUACGAGGCCCUUCGCGGAGGAAACAUCAACGAGAGCAUGGUCGACCUGACGGGGGGCGUCGUGGAGAUGGUCGACCUGAGGAACCCGCCGUCCAACCUCUUCAGCGUCAUGAAAAAGGCCUAUCGAAGGGCCGCGCUCAUGGGCUGUGCAAUCGAGCCGGACCAUCCGCAGGUGCAGUCGGAGAGUAUCCUGCCAAACGGCCUUAUCGUCCGCCACGCCUACUCCAUCACGAGGGUCACUGAGGUCGACAUCGCCUCCGCUGCCCCCAAGUUGCAGGAGCAGAAACUUACGCCUUCCUUGCCCAUGCCUCACCUCCAGGGCGCCUUGGCCAUGAUGAACAAGUCCUUAGUGGGUUUAGCAUCCGUGGCCGGCGUCACAGCCACGCAAACGGACCAGUCCAGCCUUAAAACCGCCCUCACCUCCCUUACCAAUUGGACCCUGAGUAUGGCUUUCCCUGAGGGCAAGGCGGAACUAGUCCGGCUGCACAACCCCUGGGGGAACGAGACCGAGUGGACGGGGGCGUGGUCUGACAAGUCCCCCGAGUGGGCCACGAUCUCUGCCGACGAGAAGAAGAGGCUGGGACUCACCUUCGACGAUGAUGGCGAGUUCUGGAUGUCAAUUAAGGAUUUCGCGUCCAACUUCACAACCCUGGAGAUCUGCGACGUGACUCCGGAGGUCUUCGAGUACGGGCCAGAGGAAGCAGCAGCAGAACGUGCAGAGGCGGUGGCAGAGGCUCAUGUUCGAAGGGGCGUGGGUGUCGCAUCACACGGCCGGCGGCUGCAGGAACUUCAUUCAAACGUUCGCGUCUAAUCCUCAAUACACGGUCAAGCUCGAAGACCCCGAUGAAGAUGACGACGACGACCUGUGCACGAUGGUCGUCUCACUCAUGCAGAAGAACGUGAGGCAGCUCAAGAGGUACGGAGCCGACUACCAGCCUAUUGGAUACACUAUUUAUAAGCUUCCUCCUGAAAUAGAACCCGGGGUCAAACUGGACACCGAAUUUUUCAAGUACAACGCAAGUUACGCCAAAGUUCCUUUCUUCCUCAACUGCCGUGAAGUAACCACGAGGUUCCGCUUCCCUGCUGGGUAUUACGUCAUCGUUGCUUCAACAUUCGAGCCAGAGAUGACAGGCGAAUUCCUUUUAAGAAUCUUCACGGAAGCCAAAAGGUUGAAAUCUUCAGCUAAUUAAGUCACGUAACAAAAUCGGGUCACCUGUUUCGUCCAUGUCUUCGAAACUGACUGUUAACGAACGGAUAUUUACUUGAUUUUAAAUGUAACAAAUGUAUUUGCCAUUCGUAUUGUUACUGAAAAAUAUCAAACGAUAAAAAGACAAUACCUCCAAAGCUCAACCCGGGUAUAAAAUGUAUUGGUCCAGCGCUACCUUCGACGCUGAACGGAAAACGUCUUCAAAGUCCUCCGUUUGGCUAUCAUCACCUCCAAGACUUGCUCCCAGUGCUCUUUUCACGUGAUUCAAAAGCUGUGACCCAUGUGCUUCGAUACCUACCUCAAAUUCAUAAUGAUUUGCACCCUACAGUGAUAAGUAAUGUGUUCCGUGUUGUGUACAAGCACUCUAGGGUGUCCGCCAUUGUCUUUCAUGAUUGAUCUUAGAUUGUUUCUAUGUCAUAUUUGGAUAUUUACCCUUGUUUUGUAAGUAAUUUUAUCAUGUUAUCUGUGCCAAAUUCAAGUUUACUUCGACCGAUUGUGUUAUAAAGAUUGUGCAAUAUGAUUUUUAUGAAAAGUGUUUUCAAUAAAAUGUUUUUAUGA